UGUGCACUUUUGUCCACUCCAGUUGUUACGUUUUUACUCAAAAAAUGGCACGGAUUUGGUUUCUCACUCAGUUUAUACCUGCGUGCUUUGCAGCCUCAUUUCCUGCCGCUGAGUCCAAUUUAAUUAAAGCUGCAGGAGUCAGCCACAGUCAGAGAGCUGCCGGAGUCUUCAUGCUCAUCGAAGGAGAAAAGUACACAUUUAACUUUACGUCUGCCAGAGCCGCCUGCCUGUCUCUGAACGUCACAAUAGCGACCACCGAGCAGAUGAUGCGGGCACUGCAGCAAGGACUGGAAACGUGCAAAUAUGGCUGGAUAGCAGAGCAGAUUGCCGCCAUCCCACGAAUUACACCUAACAAAAACUGUGGACAAGGUCAAACUGAACUUGUGCUGUGGCCCGGUAGUGCAGACAGAAAGUUUGCUGUUUUCUGCUUCAAUGCUUCAGAUAUAGAGGAAACUUCAAGUACAUCAAAAGCUGCACCCCAGACUACCUCCUCCUCUCCAACCACACCGACAGCACUGACCCAAACCCCAACACCCACCACAACUGAGCUUACAUCCACAAAAGAAGAGCCAAAAACAACUAAACCCCCCAAGGACACUUCUUCCACUUUACUUUUAAAUCCCCUGGUUGAGACGACACGUUCUACUGGAAUUUUCUCCACCUCCACAUCUCUGGAAACAUCCUCCACCCGUUUUCCUACAUCUCCCUCUCACCCCACCACUGUCACCACAUUUAUCUCCUCUACCUCUGUGCCAGUGCUGCUUCACAAUGGGAGCUCUGCGAGACCUUCUCUAGAAGCUGUGUCCACGGCACUCAUCAUUCUUGGCGUCAUUCUCCUGCUUCUGGCAGCAGCAGGUGUUGUGUGGUACUACAAGCUGAAUAUUUUCACCAUCUGGUCAAUGGGUCAGCAGAAGGACGAUACAGAGACAGAAAUGUGGAAGCACACUGAUAGUGAGAUGGACUUACACAGCCAACAUGGAGCAGAAGAGGAUGAUGCGUAUGAAGAAUCAGACAGGAAGUACUCCAGUGAUAUCACACUGUGUGUGAAUCCAGACAUCAAAGCCAUGUACACAGAGUAGCUUGCUUUCUUUUAUAUAGGGAAAUGCAUGAAGUACAACUUGACCUCAUAAAUAUCAGCAAUGAAAAAUAAACAAACCAAAAAAGACAGGAAGAAUUCCAGGAAGGAUUACUUUAUAAAUAGCCUGUUUGGUGUCUUUUAGAUUUCAUUGUGUCUGUAAAUAUUUACAUGCAGUAUAUUAUACUGUAUGACUGUAUUUUCCCUCUAAUUGUAUUCUGAGAUUGAGAAGCUGCAGUUAUUUUGUUUGGUGAAUACAGCAAACAUUUGAAUUUCUUAUGUUGUAUUCUCUGCUAAGGGUUGGGUCAUUAGGUAAUUCGGGCUGAUUAUAUCUGUGAUGGUGUGCAUAUUGAAGGUCCCAAUAAUGUGCUUGCCAGUCAUUGUGAAAUAAAUCGACCAAAGUUUUU